UUGCCUCAAACCGACUCAGCCCAGCAAACAGUUAAGUUAAUUUUCAGCAGUUAAUAAGUUCUGACAGUGAAGUGAUUAUGCAAAAGUCACUGCUCUUGGUGGCCAUCUGCCUGGCCUUGGCCUGGGCUGCAUCAUCGCAUCCCCAGCAACAAUUGCUGCGAGUUCCGCUAAGUAAGUUCCAAUCGGCUCGCCGGCAUUUCGCUGAUGUCGGCACCGAGCUGCAGCAAUUGCGCAUCAAAUAUGGCGUCGUCGAUGGCGUGUCACCGGAACCGUUAUCCAACUAUCUCGAUGCCCAAUACUACGGCCCGAUUUCCAUUGGUUCGCCACCUCAGAAUUUCAAGGUGGUCUUUGACACAGGCUCCUCAAAUUUGUGGGUGCCCUCGAAGAAAUGCCAUCUGACCAACAUUGCUUGCCUCAUGCACAACAAAUACGAUGCCACCAAGUCGUCGACGUACACCAAGAAUGGCACUGAAUUCGCCAUUCACUACGGAUCGGGCAGCUUGUCCGGUUACUUAUCCACCGAUACUGUGAACAUUGCCGGUCUCGAUAUUAAGCAGCAAACAUUUGCCGAGGCAUUGAGCGAACCAGGUCUUGUCUUUGUGGCCGCUAAAUUCGAUGGCAUCUUGGGUCUGGCGUACAGCUCCAUUUCGGUUGAUGGUGUCAAGCCACCGUUCUAUGCCAUGUACGAGCAGGGAUUGAUCUCUCAGCCCGUCUUCUCAUUCUACUUGAAUCGCGAUCCCGCGGCACCGGAGGGUGGUGAGAUCAUCUUUGGUGGCUCUGAUCCCAAUCAUUAUACCGGGGAUUUCACAUAUUUGCCGGUCACUCGCAAAACCUAUUGGCAAAUCAAAAUGGACUCGGCCCAGUUGAAUGAUAAGGCCUUCUGUCAAGGUGGCUGCCAGGUGAUUGCCGACACUGGAACUUCGCUAAUUGCCGCGCCAGUCGAGGAGGCCACGAGCAUCAAUCAGGCCAUUGGUGGCACACCCAUUGUGGGCGGUCAGUAUGUGGUGUCAUGUGAUCUCAUUCCCAAUUUGCCAGUGAUCAAAUUUGUGUUUGCCGGCAAGACCUUUGAGCUGGAGGGCAAGGAUUACAUUCUGCGCGUCGCUCAAAUGGGCAAAACAAUUUGCCUCUCGGGCUUCAUGGGCAUGGACAUUCCGGCACCAAAUGGUCCACUUUGGAUUUUGGGCGAUGUCUUCAUUGGAAAGUACUACACUGAGUUCGACAUGGGCAACGAUCGUGUUGGAUUCGCUAAUGCUAAGUAAAGGCGUAUUAACCAAAAACAAUUAGACCGCUAAUAUUAUAUUAUAUACAAUGUGAACAAUUUUUGCAAUUCGACAGACUUUUUUUUCUCCACUUGCAAAUUGAGAAUUAAAUAAAAGCAAUAAUUAUUGUAGACUACA